AUGUCCGCUCAAACGCCACCUGCUACAGAGCAUAUCUACGAGCCGUCCAAGGUGACCGAAGGGGCGACCUUGCCGAGAUCUGAAGAUCUUGAAACAUACCACCUGUGCCCAGAAGCCGGACUCAUUGUGUGGGCUGUCCCCGGACCACUCCGCGACAUCGCGGUCUUGGAUAUCACUGCGCCCCCUCCCGAGGCCUUCGCAAGACAGCAGCCUUUCGCCAUCUUCGGGCCAAACGACGAGCCAACAACCUUUCAUCCCAUUGCAUCAUUACCCGCCGUAUACCCUCUUGUCUCUGGUUUGACUGUUUGUGUCGACCACCUGGAGGAAUUCAUGAGCGAAUGCGAAAUCAUGUCCGAGCAGCAUGAUUUUGAGCCUGGCAGCGAAGACAGAGACACCAACGAGUACUGUAUUUGCGAGGAGUGCAAGGAGCACCCUUUUUUGUUAUACAAGCAGCCGCCAAAGCUCUACGUGGAGGCCAAGGGGAAGCCAUACGUGACCCUUGGAGACGUUGUGUUGGCUGUCAACGGCUGGAUCCCCAAGAUCUGGCAGGACAUCCUCCUUGCUGAGAAAGCAAUGUUCGACGAAUACGGCACGCAAUGGCCUCCUCUGCCCGCAGACACGAAAUUCUGGAUCAAUGGGCCGUUUCUUCCGACGGAAAUUAUGCUUGGGCGUCAAGAACCUACGGGUUCAGGAAGCCUCCGGGGCAGAGAAAAGUAUUGGCAGGAGUGCAUUAGCGUGGUAGCAAAGCGGCAAAGUGAACUUCGGGAUAAGGCUAUGUAG